AUGAAGCCAGUUUCCAGGAUCGUUACCCAGCAAGACUUGACCAAAUGGACAGAGUCGUCCACUUUAGACGAUGUGCUUACAUUUGUAGUUGACCUACAGAAUCUGGUGGAAGGCAAAGAGAAUAAUGAUAAAACGGCAACAAGUGAGACUCUUUUGGGGAUACUGUUGAUGAAACUUUUAGAUGCUACCGAUGCUUUGAUAGAUACUAACCCCGUUGAGCACGAGAAGGAUGUUUCAAGGUUUGGUAAGAUCGAAUUCCGACUGUUUUAUGAUGAUGUUGCCACCCUUGAUUUGAGUCGUUAUUUACCCCAAGUGCCAACUACUGACGCAAUAGAAGAACUACAAACUUAUUAUGGGGAAAGCUGGGGUAAUAGACAAAGAAUAGACUAUGGUCUGGGUCAUGAAUUGAAUUUCAUUUGUUUCCUUUAUUGUUUGAAGCAAUUGGAGAUUCUUACCCCAUCGGAUUAUCAAUAUCUCAUACUUAAAGUGUUUGUAAGGUACAUUGAAAUCAUGAGACGUUUACAGAAAAUAUAUUGGUUAGAACCUGCUGGAUCACAUGGGGUAUGGGGAUUAGAUGAUUAUCACUUUUUGCCUUAUCUUUUCGGGGCUUCACAAUUAUCGGGCCAUCCAUAUUUCAAGCCCAAACUGAUUCAUAAUGCUGAGGUGAUGGAAGAGUUUCAUUCACAGUUUAUGUACUUUGAAUGUAUUUAUUUCAUCAACAAUAUCAAGACAUUACCCAAAUCUACAGAGAAACUAAGUAUAAGAUGGCAUUCUCCUAUGUUGGACGAUAUACUGGCUGCUAAAUCGUGGACAAAAAUUAAAGAAGGUAUGGUUAAGAUGUAUAAAGCCGAAGUGUUGAAUAAGUUGCCUAUUAUUCAACACUUUAAGUUUGGAUCAUUAAUCGAAUGUCCUGAGGGAAUACCUGAACAUAGUGAUCAUUUGGAAGAUGAAUGUGGUCACGUGCAUAAUCAGGCUGCCAAUACUUGGGGAGAUUGUUGUGGGAUUAAGAUUCCAAGUGCUAUUGCAGCAUCCGAGAGUAUUAGAUUACAACAAGAGAAGCUCGUACCCUUUGACUAG